GUUUUUAUUGUGCCAAAGACGAACGUCUCUUGCGAGAUGCCUAUACCCCCCCUUAUAUUGCACGACACUUCUCCUCUCUUGAUGGACGUUUCCAGAAUACUAUAAUACAGGGAACAAGUCCAAGACACGAUACAUUUUGAAGCAUAUCACCGACUUAUGAGCCAUGUCAGCGCUUGCCCCAGACGCCAUCGAAGUCGACCUUGAGUCGCCCCGUUUUCGGGAUGUGCGUGACACAAUCGCAAUCCCCGUCUUAACCCAGGAGUUUUCAGCGUACUGGCUUCGUAGAAGGCAUGCGAAGCCACCUGCUGAGGCUGCCAUACAGACCAAAACGCUGCUCUGGAUCCACGGAGGCGGCUACUGCAUGGGCACGCCAUUCUGGAUGUUUUCUACGCUGUUCAGGUUGACUGAGCUCAUGUCUAACCGGCACGUCUACCUUGACAUCCUAUCGAUCGACUACACACUCGCGCCCAAAGCUGUAUUGCCGCAUCAGCAGAACGAAGCGGUUGCUGCAUAUCGCUACCUCAUCGAGAAGGAAAAGAUCAGUCCAGACCACAUCAUCGUGGGCGGCGAAUCAGCCGGUGGCCAUCUCGCUGUGGCAUGUCUACUUGGAAUAGCCCUCCAACGUCUGCCUCGACCAGCCGCGUCGAUUCUGCUGUGCCCCUGGGUCAACCUGACCAACACAGGAGCUUCCUUUGAACGCAAUAAGAACCUCGAUUUCACCGACAAGCCGCGAUUGGAUGCCGCAGCAGCGCUGGUCCUAGGAUGGCCCGACAAUCACACCGGCGACGACCUCGCCAAUUUGAGCGCACGCGAGGGGAGAGGCUGGAGAUGGGGAGACGUGCUGCCUGCGCGUACUUGGGUGAACGUGGGGACGUACGAUCUCUUCUUUGACGACAUUGUGGCUUUCUGUGAUAACGCAGUAGCGGAAGGUGCGAAGCUCGAGUUUGAGGCUUCAAAGGAAAAGACGCAUGGCUGGCAGGCUCGGGCUGAUCAUGAGGCGUCUGAGUCGUAUUAUCAGCUGGAACCGAACGAGGAGGUGCCCGAGGGGAUGCUGCCUGGCAGUGUCAAUGUCGCGUCUGGCUUACUCAAGGUAUUGAAGAUAGAGUAGCAUCAUGUUUGAAUCAUGUCGUUUGGGCUUUUGGGACAACUUUCGUGUGAGGAACAAGACAUAGGUGUUACAUCAUGCUAGCUAAUUUAGAUAUGUCAUAAGUUGCA